AUGACUAUGGCUGACUGUGGUCUUGAUGAUAUUUAUAACGAGCUCAUCAAUAAUUCAGCAUCUUCUAGCGACAUUUCUGAAGAUGGAGACUGGGAUGACAAUCGUGCCGAGUAUGACAAUCGAGUGGAAAAUUUGAAUGAGAAGCAACGAAGAAUUGUCACGGAUGUAAUGAAUGUGGCAAAGACGAGGAAAACGAACGGAAAUCGCUUGUUUUUUGUUUACGGUAAAGCAGGAUGCGGUAAAACAUUCACGUUCAACACCUUGAUUCGGUCGCUGCGAAAUGAUGGUUUAUCGGUCAUUGCUGUUGCAUCGACUGGGAUAGCUGCUACUCUUUUGGAGGAUGGGCGCACUGCGCACAGCACUUUUUCUUUGCCGCUCAAAGGACUGCGUGGUGAUUCUGUGGCUGGAGUAGAUGCUUCUUCUGAUAAAGGGAAGAUGUUGCGUGAAGUCGACGUUAUUGUAUGGGAUGAAAUAUCAAUGCAGACUCGCUAUGCUGUGGAAUGUGUCGAUAGACUGCUUCGUGAUCUGGCCGCUCCCGAGAACAGAAACCUUCGCUUUGGUGGUGUCGUUAUGGUUUUCGGAGGAGACUGGUGUCAAUUUCUUCCAGUAGUCCCAGGAGGAUCGAAAAUGGACAUAAUCAAUGAGACAUUGAAGUCAAGUGAAUUGUGGAGUGAUAUGCAGGUUUACGUGCUCGAUGAAAACAUGCGACUUCGACCGGGUGAAGAAGAGCAUGCAGCUUGGCUGCAGGCGGUAGGAGAAGGGAGGAAUUUCACUCCCGACGGUGUUGAUAUUGAAGUACCAAUUGAGAUGUGCAUGGAGAGUGAAGAAGACGUCAUUACAUGGAUGUACACUGAUGAGGUCAUUCAUUCAACUGACCUUAUCGGUAAUAUGGCACUUUUAACCGUUCGUAAUUGUGAUGCUCUGGAGCUUAAUCUGAAGGUGUUGAACAUAGUACCAGGUGAAUGUGUGGAGUUCUUUGCUGUCGAUACUCCGGCAUCUGAAGACGAAGAUCUUGUCGGGAUGCCAUGUGAUGACGAGGAAUUUAUACAUCAUCUUACUCCGCCUGGUAUGCCUGAGUAUAAAUUGAAGGUGAAGUGCGGAGCCAUAGUGAUGCUACUGCGUAACAUAGAUGUUCAAGAACGCAUGUGCAAUGGAACUCGGCUUGAAAUUUUAUCGAUUAUGGCUGAUCAGCGCAUGCUUCGCUGCAGAAACUUGCUAACAGGAAGGAAUACUUAUAUCACAAGAAUACCAUUAGAUUUUGCGGACGAAAAUACUGGAAUCGCUUUUCGAAGGUUUCAGUUCCCAAUUAGAUUGUCAUAUUGCAUGACAAUCAAUAAAAGUCAAGGUCAGACAUUCGAUAAAGUUGGAAUUAUCAUGCGGACACCUUCAUUUGCUCACGGGAGCACUUAUGUUGCGCUGUCGAGAGCGCGUUCGAGGGAUCUUGUGCGUAUAACUACCAAUUCUCGUCGUAAGGUGCGCCAGCCUUUGAGGAUAAGAAAUGUUGUGUAUGAAGAAAUGAUUGCCUGA